UUGACAGUUAUCGUCACAAAUCAAUGGGCCACUGAAUCCUGUGGUUGGGUUUCUCGUGUUCCGUUUGGCCUCCGAUCCUCCCAAGCAGAACAAACGGUCGUUUCGAUGUUGAUAAGCCUCCACUCAGUUGCCUGCAAAGCAGUCGGAACGCAUCGCAGAGGCAUUAUAGACUCUUCCGUCCUCAUCGUCUCAGCUCAGACGGGAAACUUCUGUCCAUCAUGCCGCUGGUUCGGGGCAGCUGUGUUCCUUUUGUCCUCCUCCUGACCGGAGUCUUGGUGAAGAUGGAGCUCACUUCUGUGUCACCCAACAAGGAGACAGCUGACCUUUUGGGAGUGACCCAGAGCUCGGCAGCCAAUUCUGAAAGGAUCUCCGAGACUUUGUUAUCCUCUACAUCUCCCAGCGUCGCUCCUACAUCAGACUCCAUAUCUCACAGCGUCACUCCUACAUCCGACUCCAUAUCUCCCAGCAUCACUCCUACAUCCGACUCCAUAUCUCCCAGCAUCACUCCUACAUCAGACUCCAUAUCUCCCAGCGUCACUCCUACAUCCGACUCCAUAUCUCCCAGCGUCACUCCUACAUCCGACUCCAUAUCUCCCAGUGUCACUCCUACAUCAGACUCCAUAUCUCCCAGUGUCACUCCUACAUCAGACUCCAUAUCUCCCAGCAUCAUUCCUACAUCAGACUCCAUAUCUCCCAGCGUCAUUCCUACAUCAGACUCUAUAUCUCCCAGCGUCGCUCCUACAUCAGACUCCAUAUCUCCCAGCGUCAUUCCUACAUCAGACUCCAUAUCUCCCAGCUUCAUUCCUACAUCCGACUCCAUAUCUCCCAGUGUCACUCCUACAUCAGGCUCCAUAUCUCCCAGCGUCGCUCCUACAUCAGACUCCAUAUCUCCCAGCGUCACUCUUACAUCAGGCUCCAUAUCUCCCAGCGUCGCUCCUACAUCAGGCUCCAUAUCUCCCAGCGUCACUCCUACAUCAGACUCCAUAUCUUCCAGUGAAACCUCAAUCACUGAAGGUGCCACCACAGCCCUACUUCCUCACACAAGCCCUUCAGAUCCAGGUCUUGAGAGUUCUUCUACAGAGAUCUCCUCAACACAUAGAGGUUGGGCGAGCACUGAGACUGGAAAUGGUACAGACCAACCUGAGGUGAUCUCAACUGCAGUCAGCAACUCCUCUGUGAUUGGCGGACAUGUCAUCCAUCCAGACGUGAGGAAGGAAGCUCAAACGACUCCAACUAGCAAUGUGUCUUCCUCUACAGAGAAGGCCGGGACUGUGCUUCCUCCACGCCAGAUGGAGGAAGGGACCUUCACGACAACCACCGUAGCAACCACCAAGGCCAAGAGCAAGAAAUUAGGCAUUGUGGGUCAGUGUCUGAUCGUGAUCGCUGUGCUCGCGGGUCUCUGUACCUGCUUUGCUGUAACCAUCGUUGUCCUGUGCAUCAAGCUGAACAACCAGCGCCAGGCCUACAAGAUGAACAGCAGGGUGGCCACCGAGCUGGUCUGUAUCUCCAGGCUGCUGCCCGAGGAGAGGAAGACCCCGAAGAGGAAAAAGGACCGUUACAACGACGACUAUUACAAGGAAAAAAUGAACAUUUUUACCUGCGACAGUGAAGAUGAUGGGCUCACCCUCCACAGCUUUGUGACUGAACACUGAGACGUCCCCUUGGCUCUGAGCUACCAAUCUCUUAACUUUCGAAGCUCAUGGGAGCAAGUCUUGAAUUGAGUCUCCUACCCUGAUUAGUGUCAAUGUAUCUUUGGGGCUUCCCACGCCUGAACUCCCGCACAUUCUGGCUGCUUGUCCAGCUAGGACUAUCCUCCCCCAUAAGGGCUUUG